CUCUUCUUACUAAUAAACCCUAGCAAAUUUGUUGUGAUUAGUAUAUAAAUCAUCUUUCUAAUUCGCUUAGCGGCUCUUUCGGAGAGAGAACGAAGCACGUUUAAGGUAAAGACGAUGGUGUCGGGAUCAGGGAUAUGCGCAAAGAAAGUGGUGGUGGAUGCCCGCCACCACAUGCUGGGACGGUUGGCUUCGAUCGUGGCCAAGGAGCUGCUCAACGGCCAAAAGGUUGUCGUUGUCAGAUGCGAGGAAAUCUGCAUGUCGGGCGGACUCGUUCGACAGAAGAUGAAGUACAUGCGGUUCCUUCGCAAACGCAUGAACACCAAGCCUUCUCAUGGUCCCAUCCAUUUCCGUGCCCCCGCCAAGAUCUUCUGGCGCACCGUUCGUGGAAUGAUACCCCAUAAGACUAAGCGUGGAGCGGCUGCCCUCGCUCGUUUGAAGGCUUAUGAGGGUAUUCCUGCCCCAUUUGAUAAGAUUAAGAGGAUGGUCAUCCCUGAUGCACUUAAGGUCUUGAGGCUUCAGAAAGGGCACAAGUAUUGCUUGUUGGGCCGCUUGUCAUCAGAGGUUGGAUGGAACCAUUACGACACCAUCAGGGAGCUGGAGAAGAAGAGGAAGGAGAGGGCUCAGGUUUCAUAUGAGAGGAAGAAGCAGCUGAACAAGCUUAGGGUAAAGGCUGAGAAGACGGCUGAGGAGAAACUUGGUUCACAACUAGACUUGCUUGACCCCGUUAAGUACUAAAUUUGUAGUGGAUAGCUAGUUUUUUCUUACAAUUUUGUUCAAGUUCUUUCUGUAUGGGAUUUGGUUUCACUGUUUUAUUCUGUACGGGAUUUUUGAAUUUUGACAGUUAUCCUUUCAAUGUAUUUCACAUAUGUUCUAUCUCCAA